AAACAAAAAUUAUUUAAAUUCUCCUUCAUUUCUCUUUCUUUCUUUCUUCUUCUUAACAUAUCUUUCCUUUUUCUUUAUUAAUAAUCCAGAAAAAAAAUUAAAAUUCACUAUUUGCAUUUUGAUUCAAUGGCUUCUUCAAGUAGUACUCAACUUAAUGAAAUUGGAAACAAUGAUGAAUUAACCCCUUUAGAAAAGCAUGUAAUGUUCUUUGAUAUCAACAAAGAUGGAAUUAUAUACCCUUGGGAAACAUAUCAAGGUUUCAGAAAAUUGGGACGUAAUGUUUUCCGUUCUGUUUUAGCCGCUGUUCUCAUUCAUGUUGUUACAAGUGGCAAAACUCGACCGGGAAAAUGGCCCCAUCCACUGUUUCCAAUUGAGAUUAAAAAUAUCAAAUUUGGCAAGCAUGGUAGUGAUUCUGAUGCCUAUGAUUCUGAAGGAAGGUUUGUACCAGAGAAAUUUGAGGAAAUUUUCAAGAAAUAUGCACAUACAAAUUCAGAAUAUUUAACAUCAGAGGAAGUGGAUGAAUUGCUCAAGAAAAAUAGAGAACCCAAGAACUACUUUGGAUGGCUUAAUGCUAUGACAGAUUGGAGGAUUUUAUUUUCUGUUGGGAAAAACAAAGAUGGCGUAUUGACUAAAGAUGCAGUAAAAAAUGUUUAUGAUGGAAGUCUUUUUGAACAAAAGGCAAAAGAAGUUGCUGCAAAAAAGAUGAAAUCAAAUUAAUUUUAAUCUAAUUAUCACAUUUUGACAUUUUCACAAAAUGAAUAUGAAGUUAUUUGUAUACUUAUAAUAACUAAUUUUGGGUUUGUUGUUUCUUGUUUGAUUAGUUUUAUUCAUUUAUCUUCCACUUUAUUGUAUGUGAAUACAUUUUGUGGGAAUAGAACGAGUAUGUUGUCGUUGUUUUUA